UCUCUCUCUCUCUUUCUCUCUCUCUCCACCUCCCAACCCCUCCGUUCCGACCGACACACGCCCCAUGAUUGGCUGAGCUCGCCGGCGCAGGGCCGCAAUUGGAUCGGCGCGGCAGAGCGGCGCUGAGCUUGCGCUGGUGAUGGAGGGAGCGCUGUUGAAAUGGACCAACUAUCUUUCAGGUUGGCAGCCACGAUACUUUGUAUUAGAAAAUGGCAUCCUCUCCUAUUAUGAUUCUCAGGACGAUGUGGGCAAAGGCAGCAAAGGCAGCAUCAAGAUGGCUGUAUGUGAAAUCAAAGUGCAUGCAACUGAUUCCACUCGUAUGGAGUUGGUCAUCCCAGGUGAGCAGUACUUCUACUUGAAAGCAGGAGGUGCUGCUGAAAGACAGAAAUGGCUGGUGGCUUUGGGCAGCUCCAAAGCCUGCCUCGGGGACAGCAGAAGCCAGAAAGAAAAAGAUCUGGACAUAAGCAACGAGUCCCUUGGAAGGAAACUGUCCGAACUGCGUCUAUAUUGUGAUGCGUUGACACAGCAAGUGCUAGCUGUGCAGGAUGCAACGCAACCUCAAGAGAAUGGAUCUCCUUUGGACAUCCAGAAGAUGAAUGAAGCUUCGUCUUUAUUACGGGCAACCUGCAGUCAGUUCAUCUCUACCCUAGAAGAAUGCAUGAAAUUUGCAAAUACUCGUUUGGCUCCUGAGCUGUAUCAUCCUUCAGUGAUCCCCGAGCCUUCUGAUUUUGUAGGCACUAAACUUCCACAUUCCCACCGGGUUAGACGUUCUAUGAGCCACACAGGCAUAGUUUCCUCAGACAGAGUGCUGGAGCCAGCCCGGAUCCCCCCGGUGCCUCCCAAGGGCACCGAGACUGUGCUGCGCAACUUGGAGGAGAUGGUGGUCUUCUGCUCACAACAGUGGGGGCAGCAGGGCUCCCAGUCUGGGAGCCCUCCCAGCACCAUAACUGAAGAAGCCGUCGGUAGAAGCCACCGCCAGAUAACUGCAUGAGCUUGACCUGGGAGGGGAAAGGCAGUGAGUUGGUAGAUAAACCAUUGUUGGUUCAAGAUUUCCCAGUGGACUCAACUGGUGUGGCAACCAAGCAGCGCAACCUGGAUUUUUGGGUGCUUUCUCAGUUCCUGGAAUCCGCUCGGCUGCUCUUGAACUGAAACAGCCUGCCGGGGGCUUCCUCCCCUCGCUUAGGAAUUACCUAAACCUCCUGGGUAUGGGCCCCUGCAAGACCAGCAGGCACAAAGGGCCAGGUACCAGAGGCGGCAUCCAUUCUGUUUUUUUUUUCUGGCUUGUGCUUGCCAGGGGUUGGAGAAUGCAACCCAUCUCUUCCAAAAAUAGACGUUGGCACCUAGGGGGAUGGGUUGAGAAGAAGAAUAGAGAUUAGCUCUCCAGGCUAGGUUGGUAGGAAAGAAGAGAUCGCUCUCAAAAACAUACGGGACAAUUAGUAAUUUCAUACCGGACAAGUUAAGCAACCUUUCUCCUGGUGCUUCCCCAAAUGUCUUAUGUCGGCCAUCUGAGGUACUUUUGAGUCUGUAGAAGUAUAUGGCUUGUUGCAGAGGCAGAACACAACUCUUUGGUGAGCAAUCCUGUUAGUGUCUUGCCUUCUGAUAAUCGGAUGCAGGGAGCCUUUUGGUCAGGAAUUCAGUCUCGAUGCAAGCAGGGGAGAUCUUCUUAGCAGGAGUUUUCCCCCCCUCAAACUUGGGCUGCCCCACAGAGCUUGCUGAAUAGGAUAGAGGAGUCCCUGGGAGCUCAUCAGAAGGCUCUUGGGUCCCUUGUUAGAGCAGCAUAGAGCAAAUGUCCAAGGUAACCAGAGAAGCAGCCUCUCUGGGCAUCUGAUCUGAAAGCGAAGUUUGGUUCAGCCGCUUGCCUUUUGGAUCAAAGGGUGAAGUCUUAGUCUUUCGGGAAUGCCUGCCCUCUUUUCUUUUUUUGUACAGACACAGGGCAGCCUUGUGGGCACCUGCGUGCCCUUCCGUUUGGAGCUCUUUCUCCCACGGGAAGAGCCCAGCCAAGGACGAGACUCUUAAUUUUGAAUGAAGACUUUAAUUUUGAAACGAACGCAGUGUGUGAAGGCUAUGUGUUUUUUUCCCCUGUGGGGUGGAAGUUGGCACCACUGGGGUUUUUCUGCCAGAAGCAAAGCCAAAAACAAAAGAGCCUCUUUCAGGCUUGCCUGAUAACAGACACAGCAAACAAGGCAGACCUGCAUGUGGUCUCUCACCUCCAAUACGGCGAAGGGGGUUGGGGGGGAGAAAAAACGAGUCCAGGAACACCUGGAACUCAUCCCUGUCUGUCCCGAUGAACAGGUGGUUGCAUUUUUAUAUAAAGAAUUGUUGCAUCAGUGCAAAACUGAGAGGCAGGUGACUCAUCAUGGCAGAAACAAACUGGGAAACAGCAGGGCGCUAUUUCUGGCGCUCCCACUGUUCCCCCGCCCCUCUUGAAGAGAUGUCUUGUUUGACUUGUGUUUUAAUUUCUUUCCUGAGGCAUUUUAGGUAAUUGAACAAGGGCUAGAUUUUUUUUUUCUGGAGGUUUAAUUCUAGUUACCUGAGCAAGGCUCCCCCAGUGCAGAGUGAAAGCCAGGUAUCCUUCUGUUACCCUACUGAGCACCCCAGGAAGCAGUUUGGGGUAAUGGUUAAGGCAUCAAGUUAGAAACGGGGAGGACUGUGAGUUCUAGUUCUGCUUUAGGCACAAAGCCAGUUGGGGGCCUUCGGCCAGUCCUUCUCUCACAGCCCUAGGAAAGAGGCAAGGACAAACCACUUCGGAAAACCUGGCUAAGGAAACUGCAGGGACUUACCCAGGCAGUCACCAGGUGUCUACGUUGACUCGAAGGUGCACACACACACACACGCACACACACACAUAAAGAGCAGAAAAGAAAUUCCUACAUAGGGGACAACCCUCUUUUGCCUCAAACUACAAGCAUUGCUCACUGGCAGUGUCCUCGGGUGGCAUAGCGCCAUGUUGUGUAAUGGGGGCAGAACAUCCAAGAAUUAUAACAUUAAAGGAAAUGAUGGCCCCCAAAUCUCACAAGAUACACCAAGACUUGUACAGUUUCAGCGAUGUUGUGGGUGUUCUUACUUGAAAUCUUGUGAAAUCUCAUGCGAGAGCCAUGAAAUCUUACUGGCUGGGUCAGUUCUGCAGGAUCCAGUCUGUUAAUUUGAUUUUAGGAUACUGCUGGUGUCUUGACUAAGCCUGACCAAGAGUUGAGGUAAAUCAGCAUUUGGACAGCUCCUCAUUUAAGAUCUAGGAAAUAUGGGCAACACUAAUUUCGAAAGAAGGAAUUGUUCAUGAAAUGUUUGUAUACAGUAUUUAUAUAUUGGAGCUAUCUUAAUGCCAGUUUCCUUCUUUUUUAUUUGCCUGUCUUUAUAUGACUG